UCCCUUACGCACAUUCAGCAAAUGCGCUGCAGCAAAAAUGGAUGUGCAAUUUGGGCCAAAUGCAGUCGAUGAACCGAACUUGCUGUACAAACUUCAGCGUAAAAUCAAAGUGUUCAAUACUGUCAACCCUCUUUCAAACCGUGGGUAUAAUUUAGUAGUGUCUAGUAGCAAAUAUGGUGUUGUUUUUGUUGGAUCACCUAAUGGAAUGUUAUCAGUGUAUUACUUGAGAGAUUUGAUAAACAGGGAGAGCGAUCCCCAGCAUAUGGUGGUUAAGCUUCAAGAAAGGCCAACACACAUUGCAGUAAGCUGCGACCAGGAGCUGUUAGUUGUCACUGGGGGUCAAGUGCUGUAUGUUUACAGAGUUGCUGAUUUUCAGGGUCAGAAUGUAUCCAUGAAGAGCUUCAAAUUGGAUGCCAGUCAAUCUACCUUUGUGUCAGCAUUGCAAUGGAACCCAUGUGUACCCGAUACCUUAGCCAUUGUGUUUUUUGAUGGCACUUUAUUGGUUGCACAAGUAGCGAGUGGAGAUAUUAAAAAAGCUCAGUCGAAAGCUCGAUGCAUUUGCUGGAGUCCAAAAGGCAAACAGCUGGUAACAGGAAACAGCGAUGGGACACUUAGUCAAUACAAACCAGAUUUGACACUUGCCAAGAAUGUAGCAGCACCAAAUAUCUUUGAAGGAGCCCCUAUAGAAGCUCUUGCUAUAUACUGGAUAUCAACUUUUCAGUUUGCUGUUGUAUAUAAGAAAGCUUCGAAUACUGAAAAUAAUGGCAUUGCAGUGACAAUAGUAAACACACCAAAGGCUGGACCAUCAACGUGUCUCAAUUAUGAGGACAUUUGUUACAGCAUGGGGUCUAACAGACCUUGUUAUUACUAUCUGCAGGGAUUACCACAAUGGAAUUUGAUCCUCACGGCCUCAUCAAACAGUAUGGAAAUUGCAACUCUUGGUUCUACUGAUGGAGCAAAUUGGUAUCAAUGGUGUCAAAGUGACGAAGCAAGGCCAGAAUUACCACUAACGGAUAAGAAAAUAGAGAACUAUCCAGUUGGAUUAUGUAUCGACACUUGCGCCUUACAUCAGUUGCCUUGGGGUGAAAAUGAGAUGCUGCCCCACAUGCCCCUACUUCUGGUGCUAUCGCAGACGGGUUUAUUGACGAUAUUCAACGUCAUUAACUUGAAGAAAGAUGCUCCUGCACUGUGCACACCGCCACAGCAAUUUGCUCUACCCGGGACUUCAAUGACUAGUGAACUGCCUAGUGACGUACCUGAACCGACAACUACUUCCGUAGCUCCGACACCGGCGCCUCAAACAGCUGCACCGCAACCAACUUUACCACAACCAACUGAACCACAACCCGUUGCAGCACAACCUGUUAUGCCACAAUCAGUUACGCCACAACCUGUUGCACCACAACCUGUUAUACCAAAGCCUGUGGUGCAACAUGUACCCUCAAAGCCGCAGGCCAUAACUCAACCGAUUCAAACCACACAAAAUACAAUGUUUGGUGUUCCUACGAGUAUUUUUUCGGCGGCACAGUCGCAAUUUGGACAAGCUCUUUCUGCAGCAUCCGCCCAGCCGAAGGUUGAACAAAAGCCAAAACCGGUUGAAGUGAAGUCGGCACCUCCUGUGGCUGCUUCACCAUCGCUAUUUAACCCAGCUCCUCAGGUUCAGCUAAACCUGAAACCUCCACCGCCGUCAGUGCAAUCUCAGCCAACACCUGACAUGAAUGCAGCGCGCAAAGCUGAACAAGAAAGAGCCAACAAACUGAAAGCUGAUCAGGAAUUGAGGAACAUGCUUGUGAAAGAAGUUAACGAUUUCCAAUUGGAGCUCUAUAAAUUUCUCGUCGCUAGUCAAGAAAUGCAGAUUAAGUUCGAACAAGAUUUGGAAUCUAUCGAUUCCAAUUUCAACUUCCAAUCGCUGGACCCAGAGCAGCUAAAGAAAGACUGCUCUCUAGAAGAGUUACGCGCCGAUAUAGUGCAACUCAAGUUGGAAUUGGUCCGCGCUUGCGCUGUUGUCGCGGAGGCCAGGACGCAUGCUGAAGCAAAAGAUCUACAUCAAUGGACACAGACAGAUCCACUGACAAUAAAACGCGUGGCGUCAGUUCAGAAACUGGCGUACUACGUGCAAACGCAACUUGAUCAAGCACACAGGGCGCUUGAUCACAAGUGGAACGAGAUAGCUGCUAAGGAUUCGCAGUUUCAUAAGCCAGGUCAAUACAUGAUUCGUCCAAUACUAGACGAUGUAUACCAACCAUUAGUAAAGCAACAAGAGAUAUUAAGUCGCCAACAAGCAGUGCUACGAACUCUGAGGAACACACUGAAAGAAUGUGAUGCUUCGCCAAUGUUUAAGUCUACGUCACUGCUACGAACCACGCCUUUUAGGAAUAACAAAGAUCCUCUCUCAAAACUAACAAAGAACAUACUAAAUAUGAGUAUAGAGCCAGAUUCAAACAAACCUAGAGAUUCGUUCCUCACACCCCAAAAGUUAGACGCUCUACGAGACAUGUUAUCCAAUCAUAAACCUAUCAAAAUAAAACCAGUUAAUGUUGAACUGCGACAGCAGUUGGCAUCUAUGAGACUUAAUUAUGAAAAGAGUACGAAGCAGAAAGCUCAUCUUUCACCUGAGAUUAAAUCUGAACCGCUACAAAAUAAGAGCGAACCUACUAUGACAGCACAAACUCUUCAACCUGUUGUUAUGCCACCGGAACCAGACUUAACAAACCAGAAAGUAGAGCAAGCCGCCAUCAAUGUGCCUACUUUCACGCCAGUUACUAACGUAAAGCCUGUCUACCCUGGAUUUUGCAACGUCGCCAGGACUUUUGAAUCCAAAACAGACGAAUCGAAAUCAUUCCAACAACCACAACCUCAAGUUAUAAAGCCACACCAACCCGAAUUUCCAAACUUCACACGUUUCGCUCCUCCUCCAACUGUAUCGCCUAACACUCGCAGCGUGUUAAAAGUCAUGUUGCAGAACAAACAGACUCCGGCUAAUCCAGUGAAUCAAGAGACUAAGAGUGAUGCUAACACGUUUAUGGGGCAGAAAAUUUGUUCACCUUUUGCUUGGCAAUUUUCACCAGCAACACCAUCUUCAGCUCAGCCUACUACAGCGUCUAUCGUCUCCAAACCAAUAUCUGACAUAAACAAUAUGUUCCAAAAAUUCACACCUCAAGAGUUUGUACCCAAAACAAACUCGCCAAGUAGCAUUAUUACAAGUAAAUCUGACGAGACUGGUGAACCAGAUAAUACUGAAGUAAACCCAAUUGAAACCUCGAAAGAACAGAAACCAAUGAAAAACCUCUUCGAAAUAAAGUCUUCAACGCCACUAUCAAGUGACUCACAAAAUGUUCCUGAUGUUUUAAAAAUUAACCCGGCAGGCCUCACUAAAAUGGAUGAACCCGUGCCUAAGCUAGUAGAAAAGGAUUUAGAGAAGUGUAAAGAAAAUAUCCGAGAAACGAGAGAAACUGUUGCUCAAAAAGGAAGCGCAGACAAAAAGGAAAAUAUAGUUAAGCCAUUGGCUAAAGCUGCUGUUCAGCCUUCUGUUUUUGUAUCUGUCAUUCCUUCUGUUAGUAGUCCAAGCGGUGUUUCCGGUGAACAAGAGAAAUCCGCACAAACAGAUUCUGAUACGCAGGCAGUGCCAAAGGCGCCAGAAAAUUCAAAUUCCACAGUAAAUUCCAAUGCUGCAUCCUUAUUUGCUGCGGCAAAUGCUGCUUCCCCGAAAGUAUCAAAAUCGCAACCAUUUUUUGGGUCACCGACUUCUACACCUUCAUCAGAAGCUUUUAUAUUUAGCACGCCAAUAUCAUCCCAGCCGUCUAUGCCAUCGUCGACACCAUCCACAGCAGAAUUAACUACAAAACCAUCAACAUCCACGACCGUUACAUCACCGUCGUCUUUAUUCGGAUCCGUAACUUCCCAAGCAUCUGCAAAAACUACACAAGCUGGAAACGUAUUCUCAUCUUCUGGAUCACAAGGGUCAUUAUUUGGAACUGCCACAACCACUACGGCUGCCGCAAGUGCACUUUUCGGUACAACUACGACUCAAUCCGCGUUUAGUACGACUGAGACAAAGCCAACAAUUUUCAGUACACCUAACCCAGCGUCUCCGUCUUCUAUAUUUGGAGCUGCCGCUGCAGCUACUGCUCCAGCUACAUCCGGCUUUGGAUCACGAUCGGAUUCUUUAUUUGCAACGACUACGGCGUCGUCUGCCUUUGGAUCAGGGUCAAUAUUUGGUGGCAAUAAUACUUCUACAAGUCCCACUUCAGUACUAGGGAGUCCACCUGCAACAACUGCCGUUUCAGUGUUUGGCAGUCCUGGGUCGUCUACUCCAGCUUCAGUUUUUGGCAGUCCCGCAACAAGUCAAAAUGUAUUUGGGGCUGUCACUACGACUACCCAAUCGGUAUUUGUUGCCGCCACAACAACUCAAAGCAUUUUCGGGGCAACAACUCCAGCAGCAUCUGUGUUUGGUGCUGCAGUAACAACCACUCAAAGCGUGUUUGGUUCCGCGACGUCAACCACUCAAGCUUCGGUAUUUGGUUCACCCAUUACACAAGCUACAGUUUUUGGAUCACCAACGCCAACUACACAAUCUUCUGUGUUUGGAGCAACUACGCAAACUACAGUUUUCGGAACACCAACAGCAGUGACUCAAGCCUCUGUAUUUGGUAGACCUCAGACUACACAACCUUCAGUAUUUGGAUCUCCGCAAACAACACAAUCUUCAGUGUUUGGUCAGUCUUCUACGAAAUCAAAUGGGUCGUUGUUUGGCGAAGCGAAUAACUUGUUUGCUGCUGCCACCAUCUCGACUAAUGCAUCACCGCCCAGUACUGGAGGAAGCUUUUUCGGUGGAGGGUCAUCGGGUUCCGUGUUUGGCAGCGGUAGCAAUACAAAUGUAUUUGGGAGCAAAGCAACUUUCAGUCAAACCAAUCCCACGGCAGCAUCUAUAUUCGGCGGAGGAAGCACUGGAGGAGGAACUGCAUUUGGCCAGAAACCAGCUACUGAUUUUUGGUCUGGUGCAAAUAAUAGGAGCAGCGGCGGAUUUGGAUCUUCUGCAUUUGGUCAACAAACGACUACGCAGUCGUCUUCCAUCUUCGGUGGAAGUUCUGGAGGCAGUUUCAGCGCACCUUCUAGUGGGCAGUCCUUUGGUAGUCCACAACAAUCCUCUGUCUUUGGCUCACCACAGCAACAACAGAGCAGUAACAGUCCGAGUUUCGGUGGUUCACCUGUGUUCGGUUCAAAGCCUGCAUUUGGGCAACCAGCUGGUUUCGGAAGUUCACCCAGCGGUGGCGGUACGGGUUUCGGAUCAUUUGGUGGAUUCAACAAAAGUCCUACCAGCGGAUUCGGUGCCCCGGCCACUUUCGGUGGCGGCGCCACCUUCGGGGGCACAGCAUUCGGAAGUACAUCUCCUGGGAAAGCAUUUGGAGGCGGUGGGACUUCACCUGGUUUCGGUGCACCGACACAAUCCAACCCAACGUUUGAGAACUUGGCCACUCAGAACACGCUUACAUUUGGCAAUCUUGCUCAGCAGUCGCAAUCCCCAACUCCAUCCGCAGCGCCGGCUUUCGGCAACUCACCAUCAUUCACAGGAUGGCGUGGGUGAUAACCGCAAUAUACUUGUAAAGCCGAGGCGCUGAGUGUUCUUUCAAAUUUUAUGAUUAGUUUAGUUAAUAUGACAAUUUAUUGCUGUGACUUUUGACUUAUUUCGCACAAAUAUUGAAAUGUGAAUUGUCUGUUUUUAUUCUCUUCGUUAGAUUACAGACCUAGGCAGUUGUCGGUCUGAUAAGUGCCUCAUAAGUCUGAUUUUUUCAUAUGGAUAAAUGCUUAUAUAUAGCAAAUAUUGAUAAAACCCUUCAAAACUCAAAUCAUUGUGUGUACUGAUUUUAUUAACAAUGUUUAACAAAACAAUAGUCAUUCAAUAAAUAUAACAUAUUCAGUGCUGUUUUCCGUAUUUACGUAAAUAAUGUAUCAGUUAAUUUGUUAUUUAUAAUAAAAAGUAAAUCGU